CGUAAACAAGCUCUCAGCUCUGGCGACGAUCCUUUGCACCAAUGAUGCAGCCAUUGCUGGCGCGCAGUCUCAGCUCACCACAUUUCAGCUCUUUCAUUUAAAAAUCCACUGUUCUCGCACAUAAAUUUCAAUAUGAUUCUGUGUUCAGUUUAAGUGCGUUUAUGCACCUGGUCCUUUUUCCCAAUUCAUAUAGUAUCAUUGCUCUUUUUGCAUUCGCCUUGAGUUGAUUUGAUACGCCACAUACGUAUAUUCGACUCCGAUGGUCCUCGUUGGUGAUAAAAUGAAGCUCCCCAGCGCAUUCAGUCCAGAUGAACUGGCAACGUUCGUCAUCCAGGCCCGCCUGGCGCUGUUGGACAAUGAAUCAGGCAGUGUAGAAGACGACGAACCAUUCUUUGUCGCAGAUCUGGGGCAGGUAUACCAGCAGCAUCAACGGUGGACUCGUAGUUUGCCUGCCGUUCGACCAUUUUAUGAUGGAUAAGAAAGCGGUCAAAUGUAACCCGGAUCCGACACUGCUGGGGUUCCUCGCGGAACUAGGCACUGGAUUUGACUGUGCCUCGAUUGACGAGUUGAGGAGAGUUCGGAAUCUGGGGGUGGAUCCAUCCCGGAUUGUCUUUGCUAAUCCAUGCAAAGCAGCGUCUGCAUUAUGUACGGCACGGGAUAUGGGUGUGACCAGUACGACUUUCGAUAACUUGGACGAGCUAGACUCGAUCAAACAGUUCAUGCCCAAUGCUCAGCUGUUUUUAAGGAUAUAUGCCAGUGAUGACGAUGCGUUGAUUCAGUUUGGUGACAAGUUUGGUGCUUCCCCCGAGGCGACGACGGUAUUGCUUGAACGAGCCUGGGAUCUGGGCCUUGAAGUUGUGGGGCUUAGUUUUCAUGUUGGCACCGGAGCAACCAACCAUCAGUCAUUCGUCGACGCCAUGGAAAGAGCAAAGACCGUCUUCGACCAAGCCGCUCGAAUCGGGCAUCAUCUGCAAUACCUCGACAUAGGCGGUGGAUUUCAAGACGCAGGCUUCGAGCGCAUGGCAUCCAGUAUCAAAGAAGCCCUGAAGCUAUACAUGCCUCCAGAGGUCCGCAUAAUCGCAGAACCCGGACGGUUCUAUGCCCGUAAUGCAUACACACUGGUCUGCAAAGUUAUCUCCCGACGACGCCAGAUUGGCAAUGACAAGUCCAGCCCGGACAUGCUGUAUCAGAAUGAUGGCGUGUACGGCAACUUUAUGAACGUCCUGGUGGAGAAAGAGAUCAUGUGUCCGUCACUUGUAGCACCGGCACUCAGCUUGACAGCCUCUCGAGCGGAUUUGUCACGGGAGCACGGAGAUCACUGGUAUAGCAUCUGGGGCCCGACUUGCGACAGUGUAGAUUGCGUGACUCGCGAGAUGCGGAUGGAUUCGGAAGUCAAGGUCGGGGAUUGGCUGAUGUACAAGAACAUGGGAGCGUAUACCAUGGCAACCGGCACACGAUUCAAUGGCUUUGAAGCCCAGCAUCCGGUCAUAUAUAUCAACAGCGAGUCGCAGACGGGAGACGAGGGGAUGCUGCCUCUUGGGAUGACGGAAUCGGUGAUUCAAUAUGAUACACGGUCUGGUCAGCCUGAGAUUAUGUUCUGUUCAACCUGAUUCGUUCUUUGCGUUGUUUUAAGAAUGUAUGUAAUGAAUAGCAUUUGCAAGGUUCGUAGCGGUUAAUAUG